UGGCCCAGCCUCAGGGAGUGCAUUAUAAGUGCAGAGAAUUGCUGUUGUGGAUUUUAUUUCAUCUGUUAUGCUGUGUUGUGGGAAAAAAAGCAAGAAAAAAGUUUGUAGGAAGGAGGAGAUUAGAGGAGCUGAAGUCAACCUUGGAUUUGUUGAAGACUCAUUAAGGGAUAUUGAUGCCGUUGGUGACCGAGUGUUGGGUGGUGAAGCAGGAGAGGUGUGUGUUAGUGAACAAGAACAGACCCGACAAGCAAAAUCCAUGAUGAGCAACCAAGUCCCUGCCAUUACCAAACCUGCACCAGUCUUCAGGGGCACUGCUGUCGUGGACGGUCAAUUCAAAGAAAUAUCACUAGAGGAUUACAAAGGCAAAUAUAUUGUCUUGUUCUUCUAUCCACUUGACUUCACCUUUGUCUGUCCAACUGAAAUCAUCGCCUUCUCUGACAGAGUAGAAGAGUUCCGCAACAUUGGCUGUGAAGUGGUGGCGUGUUCCACAGACUCUCACUUUUCUCACCUUGCAUGGGUUAACACUCCACGUAAAGAAGGUGGGUUGGGAGCAAUGAACAUUCCCCUCUUGGCUGACAAGUCAAUGGAAAUAUCAAAGGCUUAUGGUGUUCUCAAAGAAGAUGAAGGGCUUGCUUUCCGUGGACUCUUUAUCAUUGAUGGGAAACAAAAUCUGCGUCAGGCAACAAUCAAUGAUUUGCCCGUGGGACGUGAUGUAGAUGAAACCCUACGCCUGGUGCAAGCUUUCCAAUUUGUGGAGGAACAUGGUGAAGUUUGUCCCGCUGGAUGGAGGCCUGGUGGUAAGACGAUGAAGGCAGACCCUUCUGGCAGUAAGGAAUAUUUCCAGAGUGAGAACUAGUGGACCGCCUCUAGUAAAGAUGUAUACUUGUCUCGUUAUAAGUUAGCUACUCAGUGAUUUACUUUUAGUGUUCAUUUUGUUACCAUAUAAUUGUGUUCAGUUUCAGGAACAAGACAUUGCAAGUCAGUGGAUGUAUAUUUUCAGUGUUAACAGUAUCACUGUCCAUACUUAUAAGUUUAUACACUCAAAAAUAUCUUGCCAGUACUAGGAAUAAAUAUUUAAAGUCA